AUGAGUACUAAAAAGGAUUCCAUAAGGCUUUCUACUUAUGAUGAGCUAUUUAGCUCACCUCCAAAGCCACAGAAAUCGUCUUUAAAGAAAUUUAAAAGUUUUAAAAGACGAUCUGUUCAAUUAGGAAAAGGAGCAGAAUUAUUUGCUGCAUUACAGAAGCAGCGUGUGGUGAUAGAUGAGAAAGCGAUUCAUUUUGUAGCAGAAGCAAGAACAGGAAAGAGAGCAGAUGCAAGGAAUUCAGUAUUUAAAUUAGCACAAAAGUAUCAGAUACUACCCGACAGAGAAAGAGUACAAAGAAUAAAGCAAUUAUAUGGUAAAGUAAAGGAAAAUGAGGAUUCAGGAGAUGAGGCAUGGGACAAUAGUUGUACUAAAUUACCCGGUAAGCUCGAUCCUGAUGCCUAUUUACGACUAGUAAGAAAAGAAGACAUUAAAGAUCAUCAACAUUUAUUAAAUGAAAUGGAGGAAAUCAAUCAAGAAACUGCUGCCUUAUCCGAAGAUGUCUGUACACCUGAAGGUAUAACAGAUCAGGAUCGUCUAAAUGAGUUAGAAAUGAUUAUAGAGGAGAAUGAGAAAAAACAACAUUCUUCUUCUUCCCCUUCUUCUUCUUCUCCUCCUUCUUCUUCCUCUGAAUCAGAACUCAAUAAGACAGAAGAAGAAGGAGAAGAAGAAAAUCAUAAAACAAGUGAUGAUGAUGAGGAUGAUAGCGAUCUUGAAUUUGAUGAAGAAGACAUGAAAACCCUAAAUUCAUUACAACGUGAAUUUGUUGGUAAUAAUUUAUAUCAAUGGUUUAAAGAAAUACAAAAAACAUACGAGAGUGGCGUCAAGUUAGUUAAGGUCAAUAGGAUGGGGUAUAAAUUCAUCAGGAUUGUUACUAUUAAGGAUAUGGUAAGGAAUUGUUUAUUAAAUAAAUAA